AUGGGAGAUUUUUCAAGUGUCUCUGCCUAUUGUCAGCACCUCAAAUCUUUGUCGAAUCAACUCAAGAAUGUCGGCUCUCCCGUCGACAAUAAUAGACUAGUUCUUCAACUGGUUGCUGGGCUCACCGAACCCUACAAAGGUGUGGCCCGUCCAGUGCUCACUCUUGAAGAGGCCGACCUUGCCAAGAAGGCGGCACAUAGAUCCUCAUCAGCCAUGGUGGCUCGUGAUUCGAAUGACUCGGAUGAUAUCGUUGAUCAUUCCUCUUCACACCGCAAUACUAAGGGUGGGAAGAGGAACCAAUACAUCCAAAAUAAUCGUAACAAAAAUGGUGACCGUGAAGGAAGAAUGAGUGGUAGCGGCAAUGGGGGUGAGGCUGGAGGUGUUGGUCAGAUGGGACACGGCAACAUCCGCGGUGGCGGAUAG